GUAACCCGGGUUAUUUCCGAAGUCUCACGGAUGUCUCCUCUAUUCUUCUAUUCUGUUCUCCAUUCUUCUUCUAGAAAAUUCAGCAAAAGUCUCGCAGUACUAUAAGAACAUCGUUUACGCGCGCAUCAAAUUAUCGAAAAAAAAAAUCUUUGUUUCGCGUUACCGCUCUGCUGCCUUUUGAUAGGGUUUUUUAGGGUUUUGACCUUAGAUAUCACGCAGUCAACUGAAAUCCAACCCCAAUUGUAGAUGUGAAGGCGUUCGCGGAUCUGAACUUGUUUGGAUCAAUGGAGGUUGCAGAUGGAGAGAGAGGAUUCCGAUGAGGGUGGGAUGAGAGGAGGGGAAUUGGCCGUGAGAGAUUGGUCGGAUUGGAUUGGAUUUGAUUGAUUGAUAGGAUGGAGGGGUCGCAGGGGGGAUCAGGAUCGAAUUCCCCGCCGCCGUUCCUCACCAAGACGUAUGACAUGGUGGAUGACCCGUCGACGAAUUCCAUUGUGUCGUGGAGCCCCACCAAUGCCAGCUUCAUCGUGUGGAAACCGCCGGAGUUCGCCAGGGAUUUGCUGCCCAAGUACUUCAAGCACAACAACUUCUCCAGCUUCGUCAGGCAGCUUAAUACUUAUGGUUUUAGAAAAAUAGAUCCUGACCAGUGGGAAUUUGCAAACGAGGACUUUAUAAGGGGCCAGAGGCAUCUCUUGAAAAAUAUUCAUAGACGCAAGCCAAUACACAGCCAUUCGCUGCAACACCAGGGCAACUCAGGGCCGUUAGCAGAAUCAGAAAGACGUGAGCUUGAGGAGGAAAUUGAGAGGCUCAAUUGUGAGAAGGGUUUGCUUAUAUCAGAACUUCAGAGUCACGGUCAGCAACAGCAUGGAAUGGAGCAGCAAAUGCAAUCUUUGGAGGAGAGAUUACACACUAUGGAGCACCGCCAGAGACAUAUGAUGGCCUUCUUGACCGAAAUCGUGCAGAAACCUGGAUUUUUCUCUAACUUUGUCCAACAAUCUGAAUUUCACAGCAAGAAGAGGAGAUUGCCCAAAGCCAAUUACUUCUGUGAGGAUGCUAAUAUGGAAGAGAAACGUAUCAUGUCUUUCCAGGGUACGAGCAGUGAGAAAUCAGACAUUGCAUCUAUGCAUGCGUUCGACAUAGAGCCAUUCGAGAAGAUGGAAUCAUCCUUGAAUUCGUUGGAGAAUUUGUUCCGAGGUGUGAGUCAAGCUUCUGGUGAAGAGAUGUACUAUGACAGUGUUUUACCUUCGCUGCCGUCUGGUGUAGUUCUUACAGAGAUGCAUGCAUCGUCAGGGGACACUGAUGUGAAUCUGCAAUCACCAUCACCUAAAUUGCACCCUUCUUCACCUUGUCUGGGAGAUAUUGAUUCAUCGCCAGAGCUGGCAGAAUCUACAAGUUAUGCAGAAAGCCCAGCUCUUCCCUUAACAGAGAUUCACACAGAUAUAAGGAGUAAGGCUUCUGAGAUAGAUGUAAAUGCAGAGCCUGCCGCUCCUGAGUGUGAUUCAUCGAGAGAUAGAGCUGCUGGGACUGCUGCUUCUACCGUGCCUACUGGUGUAAAUGAUGUGUUCUGGGAACAAUUUCUCACAGAGACUCCUGGUUCCUCUGACACUCAGGAGGUCCAGUCAGAAAGACGAGAUGCAAAUGACAGAAGAUCUGAAGCAAAGAUGGCAGAGAGGGGAAAUAUUUGGUGGAGCAGGAAGAAUGUCGACCACCUUGCAGACAAGAUGGGACAUCUCACUUCAGCUGAGAAAACAUGAUGACAGUUCUUUUGUUUUAGAUUUGACUGUUUUUGGUGGUAGAUUUUGCAGCUUGACAGUGAGGUAUGACUGGUUAUAUUCAUGUACGAUAAAGAUGUUCUACAUUCAACUUCUAUUUCUCUUGCUUGCAUCAUUAGUACAAAAGUAAUUUGUUGUUGCACUGUUAUGAUAUUUCAUUAAUUUAUGGAUUCAUCUUGGUGCUAGUGA